AUGUCAGAAGUAGCUGAAGGUCUUAGCGAAGAAGCCACUACACUAAAACAGGUCGUAAAUAAUGUACUAUCUCCUUCAGAUCCAGUCUUUUCGAAAACAAGGAGCAGUAGUAAAAUACAAGCAGUUAUAAAACUUUUAACCGAAAGAGUUCUCGAAAAUGACGAUAAAGCUAUCAUAGUCUCACAGUGGCCCUCAUUUUUAAAACUCAUAGCAUACCAUCUAAAGAAACUUAACAUCAAAUAUGACCAAUUAGACGGAAGCGUUCCUGUUAUCAAGAGAAUGGAGAUGGUUAACAAACUCAACAAUCCAAAGGAUGACUUGCGUAUAAUGCUAUUAUCGCUAACAGCGGGAGGUGUAGGUUUGAACUUAGUUGGAGCUAACCAUUUAAUCUUACUUGAUUUGCAUUGGAACCCACAGUUAGAAAAUCAAGCGCAGGAUAGGAUAUACAGGGUAGGCCAAGAAAAACCAGUAUUUGUCUAUAAAGUUAUGGCAGCAGAUACUAUAGAAAAGAGAAUUUUAGAUUUGCAAGAAAAAAAAUUAGGAAUUGCAAGCGCAAUGUUAACGGGCACAGUACAAGCUGCUAGGAAUAAGCUGUCUAUAGAAGAUUUGAAACUGCUGUUUGAGAUGUAA